UGUGGCAGACAAAGCCGCUUUCCGACAGGGGGAGUCGCAUUGUUCACGAGUCAGCUGACCGCAUUUCAAAAAUUAAUCAUACCUUGUUGUCGGACAGAAGAGCAAAAACCGGUCGAGCAGCUUCGGGCUUCAGACACAGAACAGGUAGUCUGGUCACGGUAGUCUAGUCCUUUGUUGUUUGUACUUAAAACUGGACAGUGUUGAACAACACUGACUACAUCAGACUGGACGUCAGCACAGUGCAUCCAAUAUUUGCAGAGACACAGAGAACUGACAGAACAACAUGGCCGUCCCCAGCUUCGGGAUGCAGACUGAGCUGUUCCAGUCUGUUCCCUUCCCCCCUGUGGUGCUGUGGUUGGUGGUCAGCACACUCCUGGCCGGAAUCGUCAUAUCCGUCUGUCGGAGAAGGUCCUCCAGGACUCCGUGUUCUCAGACGUUGUGCUGUAACGGUACAUCAGUGAAAAUUCCCACUGACUCCUGCCACACUGUGGAACUCUCUGGGACUGAGUGCAUACUGAAGAUCGGUGAAGACAAGUGUUUUGAGCAGACAAUCAACGUUGCAUGCGACUGCCAAUGUUGUGCUUCUGACGUCCAAUUUGCCACAUGCACGGACAGAGUCUUGCGAACCGUUCCGCUAGGUUUGGGUCGUUACAGAGAACUGUUAUGCACGCUGAUCUUCAUGUUACUGUGCGAGGUAACAUUCCAUCUACUCUGGAGAGAAGACGCUCUGGUAGGCAUGGCAGCGGUCAAGUUUGUGCAGUUCAUGACGGUCGUGCUAGGGGUCCUCUUUGCGCACAUCUCCUUGGUGGACACGGCAGAGGGACUGAUGCGCCUGGAGUUGGGACUGAGGAUUAUCAUUCAGAACAAGCUGGCAUGUUUGGAGACCUACUUGGCUCUGGAAUGUAUCAUGCUGUACGGACAGAUUGCUGAGGUGAUAUUUGAGGUCUCGGAAAAUACCCUUUUCGGUAUCAUAGUGAUUUACAUAUGUCUAUACUCCUCGGCGACUGGCGUGGUGAAGCAAAUUUGUCUAAACAAUCUCUUCAAGUUCACGAUCGCCACACAGAUACCGAUCAUCGUCUUUUUAACACAACUGAUCGUGUCUGUACCGCUGAACACAGUAUUCCUUAUCAUUGCUUGCUUGUGGUUGAUGCUGUCUGUCACCCUGUUUGUUACCAGGAUUAUUUCAGCCUUCAGGCAUGUUGAUGACCUUCACUUGCAGGUACAGAAGGAAUCACUAGAGGGGGUUUCUGUCAAAGCAUGACUUGAACUACAAGGAUAAACUACAUGGAUUUUCAGAACGUUAACAUUUUGUGCCCCUUGGUCACUUUUGGAUGCUGCAGUUUACUGCAUCUUACUACUCUGUUUUACUUUUUUACUUUCAAUGUACUUUUAGAUGUUUUUGUUAAGAGGUUAAUUCACAAGAAAUAGUUUAUGUUGCUGCUAAUGCUUUAACUUUUCUGAUGUACAUGUAGGGUACAAUUGAAUUUUUAUAUGAAUUAUUUCAGUUAUAAACAGCUUAUAUUUAUCAGCCUAUGGACUGUGUACACAAAUUUAAUGUUGAAUUCAUAAUACAAAACAAUAGAAUACAAAUAAAUACAAAUACUUGGAAUAUAAUUGACCUUAUGAUGUCUUCAUUAGAACUAUGUUGAAAAGCAAUUUUACACUGUAAAAUAUUUAUUUAACAGUGACUCUUUAACAUUCACUUGAGUCUGUAAGUUAGAUAUUCAAGUAAAAUCAAGACACAGAAAAACAGUGGGGCAUCAACAAUAGUUCAUAUCAUUUUUGGACAAAAAUUCAAUAGACGUUAAUAUGAUAUUCUUCCUGGUCAUUCUUACAAUCAGCAGUCUUAGAAACAUAUCUAUCACCCCUAAAAACGUAAGUGAAUCGGUCCUCUUCUGCAAGGAGACUGUGGUAUUUGGAUCAUAGAACUCUGUCAUGGGGGGGUAUCAGUGAUAACAUUCUUCGAUGUAGAUAAACGUAAUUUGGCAGGACAGACCAUGUACACUUGCACAAGAACAAUAACCAUGGGAACUGUGUACAGCAUAGGAACUGUAGAUUCAACUCAGCUGUCCAUUGGGAAAAGGUAGUUUUCCGUGAAAGGCUACAUCAACUGAGCAGCAAACCGUUCUGAAGAACAGGUCAAAUGUUCGUAUUCAAACCAUGGCUAGUAACAGACUACAACCUACACAAAUUUUACUGCAAAAACAAGACUUGAGUGGAAAAAGCCAGAACCAUACACAGAAUGUCAGUUUCAAACCUGUACUAUAA